UCUGUGGCUUUUUGUAGGGCCCUCGUUUUUGUCUUGUUUUUUUUAUUUUAUUAUAAUUUGCGUUAAUUCUUUUGUGAAAAAAGUAGUUCCAUCAAGAAUUUUUUAUUAUUCAUAGUUGAGGUCCCUAUCCAUUUUUGAGUUUAAUACCCGGCCACUGCUUGAUUUUUCCUAACCCCUAGUUCUUUUACCCUUUAACCAAACACAAUCACAAUAAUGUGGGAAUUCCGCUCUUUCUCCUUCUGGAGAGCGAUAUUUGCUGAAUUCUUUGCCACCAUGUUUUAUGUUUUCUUUGGUCUGGGUGCAUCGUUGAAGUGGGCAGCUGGACCAGCUAAUGUACUAAACAUCGCACUAGCCUUUGGAUUUGCUCUAGCCACACUAGUUCAAUCUGUUGGCCAUAUCAGUGGUGCCCAUAUCAACCCUGCAGUUACCUUUGCCUUCUUAAUCGGCUCACAGAUUUCUUUCUUCCGUGCCAUAUUUUACAUCGCUGCACAGCUACUGGGUGCUGUUGCUGGAGCGGCAGUACUGUACGGUGUUACACCUACGGCAGUCCGUGGCAACUUGGCUCUGAAUACGAUCCAUCCUGGAGUCAGCCUUGGUCAAGCUACCACUGUGGAGGCAUUCCUGACUCUUCAGUUCGUGCUGUGUAUCUUUGCCACUUAUGAUGAAAGGAGGAACGGUCGCAUGGGAUCUGUAUCCUUAGCUCUUGGAUUUUCUGUUGCUCUGGGACAUCUCUUUGGAAUUUAUUACACUGGAGCCAGCAUGAACCCUGCAAGAUCCUUUGCCCCAGCUGUACUGACCAGAAACUUUGUCAAUCAUUGGGUCUACUGGGUUGGCCCUAUCAUCGGCGGAGCAGUCGGAGGUCUGGUUUACGACUUUAUCCUAUUUCCCAGGAUGAGAGGCCUGAAUGAGAGACUUUCAAUCCUUAAAGGAGCCCGGCCAGCAGAGCCGAGGGCCGGCGUGAAACAAUUGGCAGACCCAUAGAAUUGAAAACACAGUCCCUAUAAAUGAGACCUCAGCCCAACCACAUAGCAUUAUAGAGACAUUAAGAUACUAUAUACACAGCAUGCAUAAAUACUGUUUUGGCCUAGACAGAAUAAUCAUCAUCGGAGGUGUGUUUGGAGAGAGGGAUCUGGGUUGUAUUUUAAAAGAUUCUUUUUUUCUACUAGACUAUGGGUAUCAAGCUGAAGUAACAGCAAAUGGACAUGAUUGAUGCAAGAAGAAAACAGAGCUGGGAGGGUUAAAGAGGACACAAAAAGUGAUUUUGAAAAACGGGUUUAAUUCUAUAUUUGAAUAAAAUAAAUAACACAGGUAGGCACCCAUUCCCCUUGGGGACCUGACUUGUUACUUGCCAGUUAUAGGCAUUCAAUGAUUGCAACUUUCAAUUUCCUCUUAAAGGAGAAGGAAAGGCUAAAAUUAAGUAAACUUUAUCAGAAAGGUCUAUAUAAAUACACCAGUAAACCCUCAAAGUAAUCCUGCUUUGAGUCUUCUGUAAAAAAAAACACAGCAUUUCUUUCCUUCUAUUGUGUACACAUGGGCUUCUGUAUCAGACUUCCUGUUUUCAGUAUAAACCUCCAGCGCUAGGGCUUGAGCAUGCUCAGUUGGCUCCUCUCUCUCUCCCUUUCCCCCCCUCCCUGCUGUAAUCUGAAUCCAGAGCUAUGAGUGAGCAGGGAGAGACUAUGACAGGAAGUAAUGUCACAACAAGCUAAUAUGGCAGCUGCUAUCCUAAACAAACAGUGACAGCUUCUAGAGCUGGUUACUCAGGUAUGGUAAAGCAUUCUAUAUAAUAAAUAUAGUGUUAUAGCUUGCACUGUUGUGGCUUUAUUGGCAAUAAACUGCUUCAGUAGC